AUGGCUCCCGCUCCACGAAGCAUGCUAGUGUUUGAGGACGGACAAAAGCCGGUGCUAAGCUUGCAUGCCGACCAGGACGUCCCCUGCGAAAAAAACCCCUUUUUCUCUCUUGGCCUCCGUCACUCUGCAACCUCUUCCGAUGGCAUCCAUGUCGGCCACACACUUCCUUCGGCCUGCGGGUUGACGGACGGAGAUGGUGAUGUUCAGAUGUGCAGAUGUUCAGGUACAGAAGAGCCGACGUUGAUUCUGAUCUACGAACAGCUCAUGGUCGUAGUUAGCAGUCCGUGCGUUACACCUCGCAACGACAGCGACAGCAUCUACAUCAACAAACAAACCUGGUAUCGUGCUGAGCUCGCAUGUUCUGUGGGGAAGGCCGGGGAUAAACUGGGGGAGCCAGCUUGUCCGUGGCAAAGAGGCCCUGGGGAAGAGGAAACGCUGCAUAAAGUAACAAACUGGUCUAUAUCGCGAAUGUCAUCUGUUAUCUCGUAUCCCGGCUCGGCAUGCAUGCUAGAUGUCUCCACAGAACGAUUCAGACGAUAA